AUGCACGGCUUGAGCCGCCUCGGCAACGGCGCAAAAUCGCCUUCUCCGCCAUCCUCUCCUCGUUUCCGCCACGGCCGCACCAAAAACACCGUCAACAUUGGUGGUGGUGGAAGUUUUCGGGGCGGAGGAGGUGAAUUGAAGUUACAAAAUGUUGUGGAGAGGGUGGUUUAUGUAGUGAUAUGGGGGGUGUAUAGGCGGCGAGGGGUGUUAUUGGUGGCGCCAUUGUUGUAUAUAUCGGGUAUGUUGUUGUAUAUGGGUACAUUAGGGUUUGAUGUAGUUGGUAGUAAUGGUGGUGGUCAUAAAGCUGGUCCGCCCGGGUCUGUGUAUCGGAGUCCUCAGGUUUUUGAGAGGCUGUGGUCUUACAUGGAAGCUGAAAGCAAUAAUGGGACCUCCAAUGUGCUAUUUGGGUGUCUUAAGAGUACCGGACUUUUUGUUGGGGACUGCAUGUAG